AAGAGAGAGAAGGGUCUAUUUUUUAACUGUGAUGAAAAAUUUGUGCCUGGGCAUAGGUGUAAAACAAAGCAGUCCUUUCUAAUUGAGUUCGAGGCUAGUGAAGAAGAUGGAGAAGAGGUAGACGAAGCCAAAUAUGACACCGAUACACACGUGGAUAAUCCCGAGAUCUCGGUUCAUGCAAUGGCAGGAACUCAAGGCCCUAAGACAAUGAGGUUGUCAGCAUGGUUCCGAGAUAGACGAGUAGUGGUGCUGGUGGAUAAUGGUUCGUCCCAUAAUUUCAUCAACUCUACAUUGUCUACUAAAUUGAAUUUACCAGUGACUAGGAUGGAACCUUUUGAUGUGAGGGUGGCUAAUGGGGACCGAUUGAGAUGUUCGGAGAUAGUGAAAGAUGUGCCUAUCAAGGUACAAGGGGUAAUUUUAAAAGCUGACCUUUAUGCUUUGACGUUGGUUGGACCAGAUGUUGUAUUAGGUGUUCAAUGGUUGGAAGGGAUGGGCCCGGUAACUACAGACUAUAAGGUUGGCAGCAUGGAAUUUCGUUGGGGCAACGGGAUGGUCAAGUUGUCUGCCGGGAUUAACGAAGGGGCAAAGAAGGUUAGUUUGAAGAAUAUGGAGAAACUGCGGAAAGGGG